UUUCUGCAUUUGAUUGCACACAUAAGUAGGCGGAUGUGAUUAAUGUCCAGCCCAUUGGUGCUAAAACUGACAAUGCUAUGUUUACCAGUCAGGAAAUUUGAAUUACAGAGGUUUAAAUAUUCUUAGUUAGCAAAGUUUGUUCAUUGUAAAUGUAAUCUAAUGGACAGAGGGAGAUCAGAUGUAAACUAGAUCUAAGAUCUGUUUCAUUCUUCCCAGUUUAGUUUUCAGAAAUGCAGAUUUGUACUCUUCCAUUUACCAGCCUGGAACUCAGCCCUUUCAAGUAUGCUGUACUCAACAUGUCGAGGCUGUACGCUACAAAAACAUGUUUCCAGUAAUCCUUCAGUAAUUCUUACUUCAUAUCACCUAGUAAUGUUUUUCGUGAAUAAUGAAGACCAUAACGUCACAAUUGACACAGAUGUAUAUGUUGUAUCGGCAGCAAGCCAAACUUCGCGAACCACCAUUUUCAAUUUAAGGCGGCUGCACUCGGCAUCAUCCAGAAAAAGAUAAACUCGUGGAAUGAUUUCAUUGUAACCAUUGAGAUGAAUACCAUAUAAAGGACGAUUGACAAGUUGUUUGGGAGUCUUAACUUCAAUUUUUGUCUUAGUUAUAAACAGAAAUGAAUUAAAUCAAUUAUAUUGGGAAAAAAAGAUAAUCUUAAUUUUGGGAAGAGCAGCCAAGUCCACCCUUGCCGUGUCACAUGAUUUGAAAAUGGCGACUUGCAAAGUUUCUGAUGCUGUCCCAGUGGGUGCGUCAGUUACAUUUGUGUUAUUUGCGUUGUUAUGGUCUUUAUUAUUUCCUCAUAAUGAGGUGAUAUGAAUUCAGAAUUACUUUAAAAUUACGGGCCACCUUUUUUUGUGGUGUACAGCAUUGGCACUUUAGAGACAGCACAGGUGACAGGACCGAGUUCCAGAGAGGUACGUAAUGGCAAAUUUAGAUCUUGUGACGACCUUGAUUGGGCAUGAAGACAUCACAUGGAGUGUGGCCUGGAACCCCAGUGGUAACCUGCUGGCUUCAUGUGGCGGAGACAAGACCAUUCGCAUUUGGGGGACAGAGGGUGAGAACUGGGUGUGCAAAACAAUUCUGACAGAUGGCCAUCAACGCACCAUCCGCUGUGUGGCCUGGUCACCAUGUGGGAACUACCUUGCCAGUGCCAGUUUUGAUGCCACAACCUGCAUAUGGAGCCGGAAGGAGGGGGAAUUUGAAUGUAUCGCUACAUUGGAAGGCCAUGAGAAUGAAGUAAAGUCAGUCAGCUGGUCCCAGUCAGGAAGUCUUCUUGCCACAUGUAGUCGAGACAAGAGUGUGUGGAUUUGGGAAGUGGAUGAGGAUGAAGAGUUUGAGUGUGCUAGUGUGCUAAAUGCUCACUCACAAGAUGUAAAGUGUGUUAAAUGGCAUCCACAAUCAGACAUCCUUGCAUCCUGUGGCUAUGACAACACGAUAAAGCUUUACAAAGAGGACAGUGAUGAUUGGGGCUGUUUUGCCACCAUGUCAGCUCACCAGUCCACAGUGUGGAAGGUGGACUUUGAUAAGACAGGGACUCGACUAGCCUCUUGUAGCGAUGACAAAACUCUGAAGGUAUGGCAAGAGUAUCGUCCUGGCAACCCUGAGGGCGUGGCUACAGAGGGGAGUGACCCCACGUGGAAGUGUGUAUGCACACUGUCAGGGUACCACCCUCGCACAAUCUACGACAUCCAGUGGUCAGCCCUGACCGGUCACCUAGCUACUGCCUGUGGAGAUGACUGUAUCCGUGUGUUUGAGGAGGGGCAGAGCUCUGAGCGGAACCAGUCCUCCUUCAGUCUGCUCGCAAGUGUCCCCAAGGCUCAUAAUCAAGAUGUUAACUGUGUUGCAUGGAACCCAAAAGUGGCCGGUCUGUUAGCCUCAUGUAGUGACGAUGCUGAGGUCAAACUGUGGAAGAUUUCUGGCUUGUGAUACAUUCCAUUCUAUUGUUAUAUGUACCACAUAGAUUGUUUUAUAUAUUCCAAAUGUUUCACAUCACUAGUGUGACUAUUUGCAGAUAUCCCUGUGUGCUAUUGGAUGAUUGAUAUACACAUUUCCCAGAAUUGGCAUAUACUUGACUCAGUUUAUGACUUUUAGAUUACAUAUAUGUACAUGAUUAAAUGUGUAUUGGUAUAACAUUUAAGUUACACAAAAAUGAUCUGUUAAUAACACAAAAUUAACCGUAAUAUAUUUAUGUUGGGUCAGUAUAUGUGCCUGCUGAUUUAGACAUGCGAUCUGUUUCAGAACUUUACCUUACAGGAAAAGACUUUAAUGUGGAAGCAAAACAGAGUUAAUGUUGAUUACGGUAUGGUCACACUGUGGAGCAUUGAGCCUUUUAAAAAAAUAAACUUAUUUAAAGAAGUAUAAGUCCUUGAGAAGUGCCAUUAAAAUUACAUGUAUGACAAUGCACUUCUGAUAACGAGCCAAGCAUUUAUUCUCCAGCAUACACAUGCAUGCCAUAAUUUCCUCGUAAAUAUUUUGUAAGUAAAUGCAAUCAGGUGAUAAAGCUGUUUGUGAGACAUUCGUCACAUUUAGGGCCACAUAGCGUGUUUUGAUUUUAAGUUUAUGCUCUGACUACGUAGAUGAAGGAAAGAACAACAGACUUAAAAGUUUGUCGUUGGUCUGCUUAAGGGGAGACAACUCUGUAAACCUUUUGAACGUGUGAAAGACAACUCUGGAAACACUGGUAAAUCUCUCUUAUCGGAUCGUCGCAUUUGAAUUAAACUGAUCAGAAUCAUGUGUUACAGUUUAUAUUUAAAACAGCACUAGUUAGAUAUUCAGUAUAAGGCAAAAGAAGACUUUUUUAUGUGAAAGGAAGACAUGUUAUGCCGCACAGAAAAGGUUAACCAUAAUAAA